AUGUUAAAGAUUCAAGAAGAUCAAAUAAAACAAGCAUUUAACUAUCAUGCUAUAAAAAUAGUUAAAAACGAAGUGCAAAGAUACUUUGCGAUUGACCUUGAUGAUUCUACCUUAUUUAGUGAAAAUCCAAAUUUUACUGAUAUUACUGCCAAGUCUAUGCUUAAUCUUGUCAAUGAGGAUAAAGUUGUAGAAAUAUGA